AUGGCACCAGCAAGGACUAUUGAAGCCACGGUACCCGCUAGGGUAUUCGAAGGCAAACUUGCCAUUGUCACUGGAUCUUCCAGGAGUUUCGGCGCCGCAGUCGCAAAACACCUUGCCGAACGUGGUGCAAACGUGGUCAUCAACUACGCUACUUCGGCUUCAGAUCAGACUGCUGCUGAUCUCGCAGCUCAUCUAUCCAAAACAUACAACGUGAAGGCGGUCCCUGUGCGUGCUGACCUGCUUGAUCCCUCGGCCCCUGCAGCCCUUGUCGAGGCCGCAAAGAAGCACUUCACCGAUCCCUCUGCAACCCCUAGCUUCCAGAUCGACAUCAUCAUCAACAACGCGGCACUCGUGAACUCUCAGCCCAUCCAAGAGCUUGACAUCGAGCUAUGGGACCAGACAUUCAACCUCAACUGCAAAGCACCCGCGCUCCUUAUCAAGGCAGCGUUCCCUUACCUCCCCCAUGAUCGAUCAGGCAGAAUCGUCAACAUCUCAUCUGCAACCACAACAUGGGGUCUUAUCCAGCAGACUUCCUACGCUGGAACCAAGGGUGCCAUUGAGGCCAUGACCCGCGUCUGGGCACGUGAGCUCGCCGAGCGCUGCACCGUCAACAGCGUCUCUCCUGGUCCCAUGGACACUGGUCUCCUCAACGGACUCCCCGAAGCCCCAAGGCAAGCACUGAGAGCGUACAACGCCUUGAUCCCGCUGGCCAAGGAACGCCCUGGUGUGGACUCUGAAGAUAUGCUCAGGCUAGCGGGUGAGAUUGGUGGUCGCCCAGGCACCUUGGAGGAAGUGGCUGGCAUCGUCGGAAUCGUCUGUCUACCUGAGAGUGGAUGGAUGACGGGCAACCAGCUCGGUGCCAGUGGCGGUGGAGCGUUUGUACGAUAA